AUGGAAGAGGUGACUCGAGGAGCCCCUAAGGAUGUCUCUGGGAUGCCUUGCAAAGGAAGUGGGGGCUGGGGUACUUCUUUCACGAGUCGCGCUCGGGUUUGGUGUGGAGCGUCCCCCAGGGAGCGGAACUGCCGCCAGGAAGAUCCUUCAGUAGGGAUCGAGGUGUCAGGAAACAGCCGGCAGCUGUUCCAGGGAAAGGCAAGGAAGAGUGGUGUGAAAAGAAGUCCUCGGUGCUUGUGCAAAGAGAAGCUCCUAUUGCAACCUCCCUCCCUGCGCUGUGCGCCUCGGUCCAUGCUUUUCCACGGGAUCUCUGGAGGCCAUAUCCAAGGAAUCAUGGAGGAGAUGGAGAGGCGAUCCAAGACCGAGUCCCGCCUGGCCAAAGGGGGACAGAUGAACGGCCGAGAAACGAACAUGCCCCCAAUGAGCCCCGAGAAGCCUGCUUUGUGUGCUGGUUGUGGAGGGAAGAUCUCAGACAGAUAUUACCUGCUGGCUGUUGACAAACAAUGGCACCUCAGGUGUCUUAAAUGCUGUGAAUGUAAACUGGCUUUGGAGUCAGAACUCACCUGCUUUGCCAAGGACGGCAGUAUUUACUGCAAGGAGGAUUAUUACAGAAGGUUCUCCGUGCAGAGAUGUGCCCGCUGCCACCUUGGGAUCUCAGCCUCUGAAAUGGUCAUGAGAGCCAGGGAGUCGGUUUAUCACCUGAGCUGCUUCACCUGUACCACCUGCAACAAGACUCUGACCACGGGAGAUCACUUUGGCAUGAAGGACAACCUGGUUUACUGCAGGGCCCACUUCGAGUCCCUUUUGCAAGGAGAAUAUACUCCUCAGCUGAGCUACACUGAGCUGGCUGCCAAGAGCGGAGGGUUGGCCCUGCCUUACUUCAACGGCACUGGCACAGUCCAGAAGGGGAGGCCCAGGAAACGAAAAAGCCCUGCCUUGGGAGUGGACAUCGUCAGCUACAACUCAGGUUGUAAUGAGAAUGAGGCAGAUCACCUGGACAGAGACCAGCAGCCUUAUCCCCCAUCCCAGAAGACAAAGCGUAUGCGCACCUCCUUCAAACACCACCAGCUUCGUACUAUGAAGUCCUACUUUGCUAUCAACCACAACCCAGAUGCCAAGGACCUCAAGCAGCUUGCCCAGAAAACAGGCCUGACCAAGAGAGUUCUGCAGGUUUGGUUUCAAAACGCAAGAGCCAAAUUCAGAAGGAACCUUUUGCGGCAGGAGAAUGGGGGUGUCGAUAAAGCUGAUGGCACCUCACUUCCGGCACCGCCCUCAGCAGACAGCGGCGCACUCACUCCACCCGGCACUGCGACCACUUUAACAGACCUGACCAAUCCCACUAUCACUGUAGUGACAUCAGUGACCUCUAACUUGGACAGCCACGAAUCCGGGAGCCCCUCACAAACUACCUUAACGAACCUUUUCUAA